AUGGAUGCCCGCUACGUGCCGCCGCUAGCCUACACGACGAGCUCCGUGGCGGGAGGGGCGGUCGACUCCUCCUCCGCGGCCGCCGCCAUGGCAUACCGGCAGCUCCGCGCGCCGAAGCAGGCAUCCACGACCGGCGGCGCCAAGGUGCCGCAGGGGCACGUGCCGGUCUGCGUCGGCGAGGAGGGCGGGCCCGUGGAACGGUUCGCCGUGCGCGCGGACCUGCUGGGCCGGCCGGCCUUCGCGGCGCUGCUCCUGUGCGCCGCCCAUGAGUACGGGUACGGCCACCCCGGCGCGCUCCGCAUCCCCUGCCCCGUCGCCGACUUCCGCGGCCUCCUCGUCCGCCUCUCCGACUUCCCCUACGCCGACGAGUGCUAG